CUGAAAUUUCAUUCAUCUACCAACGACAUAGACAUGUUUUUCUCGUGCUAAAUAUUUUGCAACAAAAAUGCCGGUCUCGGAUUCUCUAGAGGCCAUUGCUAUGAGGCAGGAGGCGGAAAGGUUUGAGUCUGUCUGUCCGAACAUUCAAUCGCUGUACGACCUUCUAGAAGAAAUCGACAAUGUGCCACUGAAGCGCAAAAUGAGAGAGCUAGUGAAUCGCAUCGAGGGUAAGUCACCUUUCAGACUGGAUUUUUUGGAGGAUUAGUGGCUCAAAGUCUAGAAGCUGCCAGUGUUUCGAAAGCUUAUAAACAGAACCUUGAAGAGUUUUUCUAUUUCAAAUUUAUAGUGUAAGCGAUAAAUCUGUGAUGACGGUAAGGUGUAAAACCAAGUAUAAUUUAUUCACUGAAAUGGAGAAAUGCGAGGGCAGCAAACCAUCACUUGACUUUCGUCCUUUGCGAAAUAUAUGUGGCAGAUUGUAAACAAAGCUAUCCCGCAAAACACCGAAGAAUUCUCAUUUUCUUUGAUUGCCUCGAUACCUGACCAUGCACGUUCCUUGUGAUCUCAGAACAAACGCGCCAAACAAGUGUGUUUGCCUUACUGGUAGUCUCAGUGAAGAUCGAUUUUUUGGAAAAAAAAAUUGAGAAGAACCCGUGUUGUAAAAACGAAGCAGGAUAACUUAUGCUUUCCUUCAUGUAAUUGCCAUAUAUAUGGUCAACAAAUAUGUUGCAAGCGCGUCGAUUUCGAAAUGUUAUUUCUAAAUUCACCCGAUCGAGAUUUUACCUUUUGUUUACAUGCAUGCCGUGACAACACAGUGCAUUUUUAACUGAUUUUACAGCACUCAACGGUUUACGGUGUUAUAUCGCGCCAGAAAUUUCGAUCCUCAUCUCAUAACAUAUUUUCAAUGUGUUCGAAUUUCAAGGUCACCCUUGAUUAACAGUGACUGGUGAAUUUAAACAAGAAUUUAUUUUAGCAAAGCAAGAACUCGCUGUAGGUCGUAUGUGGCCAUUUCGUACAUGACAAAAGAAAAAUGUUUACUUUUUCAGCUGUAUCUAUUUAAAAUAUUGAGUAGUGUAAUUUCAAGCGCUGAUCUACGUAGUGUCGUCGCUAGAACAGCUUUUAAAAGUCAUCUUUUGUUUUAGUAGAUUCCAUGACUUUCCUUGCUCGUUUCACGUCUUCAGGUUGUCAAUUUCACCGGCAUAAGAACCUCUUUAAUUUAGGAGCAGAAGAUUAUUUUUGUUGUCUGAAAUUUGUUUUCUUAAAAAGAGUCACCUAUUUGCAUUUCUUGUGGUGUACAUGUAAAUCAAAAUCAAAUAGACUUCUCCCUAGGGAGAAAUAAAAUAGGAGAGUAAUUUGGCAUCCUUUGGAGAAAUAGGCAUAAUGUCAACAGAACAGGCAAAUUUCAAUAGGUUAUUAUUAAAAACUAAAAUGUAUGUAACGAUUACUUUGUGGAAGAAAUGUGUUCUAGAAUUGGGGUGGUGAGGUGAAUAUGUAGGACAUUUAAUUCAUCAAUAUAUAUAUGUAUGAUUUAAUUUUUUUUCUUUUGCUUGUGACUAUUGGUGCUUUUAACCAAAAAUUUUAUAUUUACAUAAAUGAAGACUGCACUUAUUUCAAGAGGCAAGAAGAAGUCAUUUGAAAUUAAUACUUCUUCAAUUAACAGAUGUUGUUGAAUGACAAAAACAAUAUUAAAACAUUGCAUGAAUUUUGCUAGUUUAAAAAAAUGUGUCAGGAAGAAGAAAUAUUCUUUGCAUAUUUUGUGUCGAAAUCAUUCAAGAGAAAUUGUAACUUUCAUCUUUUACUGGUAUAUAACUAAUUUAGCAUGGGAAAGUUUCAGUGGAAAGGAGACAUUCCCAAAUUAAAGUUUUAUCUCGAUGCAACUUAAGAACCCUAAAAAUUCAAAAUGUAAAAUGUGGCGUAUCUACAACUGUUGGGCAUUUUAUUUGUUUAUUCAGUCUAGCUUAAGUAAUAUAUUAUUCAUAAAAUAAAGCCUUCUAAUUCUAGGUACUGAGCUGCCUUGUCAUACAAAAUGACGGUUUUCUAGACUGUAUUUACUGAAGCUUCAUAAAUCGUUGCACAGUGUUUGGAAGUAUAUGACUGGCAAACUAAUAUGAACGGUAUACCAUAUAGCACUGAAAUUUUCCUAUGUACAUUCAGAGAUGUAGCUAAGGAAAAGAUCAAUAGAUAAGCAGGCUUAUUAAGUAGUCAAGCUGGCCUUUUUACUCAACUGCAUCUCUAAAAUUGCUCGAUGUUUUUUUUGGGUGCAAUUUGAGCUGGAGCCAGCAGCCGGCCCUUAAUGACAUCCCUGCAUAUUACAUUAUGUCUGCACAGCAAGUGGUACGUCAUUCUAUACAAUAACCUGGAACACAAACUGAAUGUCAUUGUAAGCAUUUCUUGAUAGUUUUUGAUUUUUGACCUGCUACAAAUGCCUUAAACCUUUGCUGCAGGAGCACCACCUUAUUUGAAUUGAACAUUUUUUCUUUUUUGUUACCUUUCUUUUUUAUUUUAUUUUUCAAUCCUAUAUUAUUUUUUCAUGUCAUAGGUGAUUGGCAGGUGACUCCUUGACCUUGAGUUUUCUGGAGGCUUGACAAAGGGGUUGGCUAGACAUCUGAGUGAAACUAAUACCAAAAUGCUCCUUUUAAGGAUUCGUACUAAAAAAAUACACACACACACACAUGUACAGGGCUGGAUUACUUUUAACUUUUAGUGGUUUUAUGGCUUGGCAAACUGGAACAGAAAAUCAAAAUGUGAAACACUGAAGAGAUUUCUAAAAGAUACCUUGAAUGAAUCUCAUUGUUUGACUUAAAAAUAAGACUGACAGUUUUCUGAACUUUCUUCAGCCACCAAAUAUUUUACUGGGCAGGUAUAAUUUAUAUUCAUUCGUAAAGUACAGUACAAGGGAAUUUCUGGACUAAAAGGUUUUUAAAAGGAAGAAAAAAAAAAGAAUAUCAAAAAUGAAAAUCCAUUUGUCACUGGAUAUUAGGGCACUGAUCACCACCUAUUAUAAGUCCAAGAAGCAGGAACCAGCUUUUUAAAAUUUAUGGUCAAAACUGAAAAAAAAAACAUUUACAUGUACCAGAUGAAUGUUUCUUUACUUUUUUGUGUGGCAUACAAUUUACAUAGAGCCUGAGGAAACAGCCAAAAUUUUACAAUGCUACCACUGGUUUCCUUGCGAAGUCUAGGGAAUAAGUGCAGAAAUUCCUUAUUGAUGAUGUGCCGCUAUGUAACCUGAUUGGUUGAAGCAAAUUUUCCUUGUGGCACGACCAACAAGAAGCACUACCCAGAUAUGGACAGUAUCACGUCAUUAAUAUGGAAUUUUUAAGCUUGUUCCUCAGACAUUAUUUGCGGGAAACCAGCAUCAUGAAAUAGUGGCUUUUUUCCCAGGCUAAGUUGCAUACACCUGACGUCUAGGACAGCCCUUACUGUUUUUCAAAAACAUUAAAAUGUGUUUUUCAUAUAGUGUCCAGGCAGAUAAGGUUACAAAAAUUAAUGGAAUGCAUGCAGUGAGUUUUUAAGCUUGAAGGUGACUACCUUAUGGUACUCAAUUUCUUGUUUUUUGCAAUGAUAAAACAAUCAUGAAAUUAAAGACCCGUGAAUAAAAAUCCCCAUGAAAUUUAAUACUUGUAAACAAAAUUCAAAUCACAGGAAAAAAGGAUAACAUUUAAUAACAACAACAUAUAAAGGAUGUGCAUCGACAAAUACACAAAUUAUUAACUGGUUUAACUGGUAAGUUCUUUUUUGUACAUGUGUAUCUUCUGUUGUGAAAUAGCCUUAAUUUGUAAAGGUUUCACAUUUGGAGUAAAGAAUCUUGUUAACAUUUUCAUCCAUUUUAUCUAAAAAUUUUUAAAAGUUCAGAAAUUUUGAAAAAUUACGUGAAGUUGUCUGUUGAGAACGUUUGAGUCGCAAAAUUUAAUGCCCCUUUUCAUACUUGUGUAUUGAAAUCGCGAAAAUAAAAGCAAGCAAAAUACUGUCUCACUAAAAUCGUGAAAUUGAGUACCCGCAAAUUAAGUACCAAUAAGGUAUCUAAAAGUUAAUUUUGUUCUUUUUCCAGAAUCCUUUUUGAACAGUCCAGAGUUUACAACCCUUAGAGUGGACAGCAAUUGUGAAUUACGCUUGGUGAGUCUUAAUUCUCUUGUCUCCUAAUACUAUCACCUCCCCAAAGUUUCCCUGAACACUUUACCCUCCCCCCACCCCUGUUUACUCAUUAUUCCAAACAAAAACUAGCGUGCAGUUGAAACUUGUUAAAAGGGAAACCAUACACUGUGGCAGAAAAAUAGAGUCUUUCAUAACCGUCCAUGACCAAAAGUUUGGCUUUAAAUUAAAUAUUCAGGGAUGAGAAUAAUUUUUUUUGUUUUAAGUGGUUGCUGAAUUGUGGACUAGACUCCUGUCAGCAAAAAGGGGCUAUAUGCUCAUUUUCUCCCAGAGAAUACAAUUUAAGCAUUCUAGUUUAUCAAUAAAGAAUAUUUAUGAUGGCAAACUUUAGUAUUUAACAAAUAGAUUCCAUGUUGCCAUGCAUCUGUUCAGAUACAUGGGAUAGACGACGUCGAACUGUGGUAAGAACAAAAAAAUGGCAGAGGAGUCACAGGCUAGUGUGUGUCACUCUUACAGCAGUAAGACGUCCCGUAGGCAGCUGCAGUGUACGUACUGCCAGCAUAUGGGUUUUGAAAUCCAUGGAGAUGCCUCUCAGAUCUCCCAGACUUUUCAGGGGGAACAUAUUCAACUGGACCAAAUUGUUCAAGACUUUAAGACAAUUAGAUACAAAAGUUAGUUUCCACACCAAAACACAUGAUAAUACUACAGCACUGUAUGCUCUGUUUGUACAUUUUAUAAUGCCAUGCUCUAUAUGUAGUCAACCCAGUUUGCUAACGAUGCUUUAAACAACCUGACCUUGCAUUAUAUUUUUUUGCUUGGACUCUCACAGUUUAUUUUUUGUAGGGCAUUGUUGGUAGCUCAAUCUCUGGCAAGUCAGACUUAUUGCACAGAUAUCUGACUGGUCAGUAUGCAAAGGUGGAUUCAUUCACUGGGCGCCACAAGAAGGAAGUGUGUUAUGAUGGGCAAAGCCAUCUGUUAUUGAUCAGGAACGAGACUGGGCCUCCUGAUUUGCAGGUAUUCAAUAUUUUGGUGAUGAUAAUGGGGAUAAAGAUGAUGAUGAUGAUGAUGAUGAUGAUGAUGAUGAUGAUGAUCGGUGAUUUUGUUACCUCUGCGUCCUGUGUCCCUGAUACAUAAAAAUCCCCAAAGACUCACAAAAGUUCAUGGCAUGUGCCCCGUAGCAUGCAAAGAUCAAUCGAUCAAUCUAAAGAUGUUUUUGUAGAAUAUCCUGUUUGUGUCCACUUUUUUCAGCCAAUUAAAACGAGAAAUUAUUCCAAAGUUAAAGUUACUGUCCAAAAAGCCACUUCAAAAUCUUGCUAGCAAGAUAAAGGUUAAGACGUAUUUCAGCACUUUCGGGGCUGAAGAUGUAUUGUAGUACCUUCAUAUGCAAUGGCAAAGUUUUCAUCAACCAAAAAACUAUCAAGGCUACAUGUCCACUCUUCCGGGCUGUCUGUUGGUGUAAUGUAGCUCGUGAAAAUUUUUUUCUUUUCCUUAUAGUUUACACAGUGGGUGGAUGCAGUGAUCUUUGUUUUUAGCCUGGAUGAUGAGCUUAGCUUUAGUGUUUUAUCCAGUUACUAUGCAAAAAUGGCUCAAUAUAGGAAGUACAUAUCGGAUAUUCCUGUGGUCCUGGUUGCAUUAAAUGGUGAGCAAAAAAAAAAUCAAAUGAGAUAGUUAAAAAAAUAAUGAAACAAUAUAGGAGUUUUUUGGAGAGGGAAUUGGGCAGUGGUGGGGGUGGGGUAGUAUUUGGUGCAUUUCGGGUCUGGGCACACCCUGCAAGACCUGGGAACUGGGUCGGAUGAUAUGACUUAAGAGAUUUCCCGAAUGGAAACUUCUGCCUCUGGUUUAUGUUAUUUCAUUUUCUAGGGUUAAGUUAAAACUUUUUAAACUCAAACUUUCCACCUUACCUGUAUUUAAAGAGUGACAAAUGCCGACCUUUAAUUUGCUUCCGGCAAUUCCUCAAGCCACCUAAUCAGAUCAAUUCUUAAGCACGCUGUCAGCUUUGUAAGGUUUGGCUUAGGGAACAACUUAAGAUCACCCGUUUUCAGGGCGAAAACGCGUCCGAAUGCAGAAAUAAGAAUAAAAAGAAAACAACGACAACGAUAACAAAAAUACACACAAUUUUGAUUUUUAUAAUUAUGCCACUUUCAUUCUUUUAGAAAUUAUAAAACAGGUGUCCUUUUUUUUCCCCAAAGACGGUGUUAUGAGUAUUGAUCAGUCAGGGAUUGUAAGCACGCAGCGAAUAAAGAAGCUUAUAUCAGAACUUAAACAGUGUGUCUACAUGGAGGCCUCGGCUCUGACAGGAGACAAUGUGGAUCGUGUUUUUAACACAGGUUAGUUCUAAUUCCAUGGUUUUUUUUGGUUAGGCUUAUAUCUCUUAAAUACUCAUCUUCAAAGCUUCCGGUUAAAGAAGCCUAACCAUUGUGUUAUGGCUUAGUGUAUUGGUCAAAAAUGGCUCUAAAGUAAAUCUGCAAAGAAUCUUUACUUAACGACCUGUAAAGCUGCUUUUUUAUUCAAAAGUAGCCUGCUUUACAGCCGCCCCUCGCAUCGUCCAGACUAUUGGCUUUAUACCGGCGGUUUAGAAUGUCUGCGACACAGGCCGCAGGUUACUCUAAACAUACUUUUACUUAUCUAAAAAGUAAACAGGUUAUAACAGAUACGUACCUCUUCAUUCUUUUAAAUUUCUUUCAAACAAUUAGUUUAAUUUUAUUACAAUAACAUUUGAGUACAUACACUGAACGUUGGUUGCUGCCCGCGGUAGGCUUCAACACCCGCAUCUUCUUUUUAUUAGCGGCAAUCGCUGUUAAGUUAAAAAGUAACACAGAGCUUGUACGUAACUGCUGUUAUCCGCAAAAAUGUCUUACAUACAUGGUUAACGUGACGUUCUUCUUCUUCUUUUUUACUUAAAAAGCCGAUUCUUGUCGUUGAAAAUGUUUCACGCCCAACAAGGUUUUUUGGCAAAUGGCGACGACAGGUCUGCAGUUUUGACAGUUUUAUCUUUCAAACAGCCAGAACUUUUUUAAAAUAAACUUUCAAUCGAUUUCCAACAAGUUUAGUAAAUCAGGAGCGUGUUAGUUUGACCGCGGUUAGGGUGUUAUCCAUAGUCCUCCCCUUUCGCAGACGUUCCUUUAGCUCGUUCCACGAUCCUGUGGGCUAAAAGAGCCUCGGCGCAGGAGUGAGGCAAAAGCCACAUGCACUCCCUUGAGUGCCUUCUUCUUGAGAUCCUGGUUUGUAGAUCGCUGGACUUUUCAAUGAUCGUUGCGAUCUACGGAAACCAAAAAUAAAGUCUCAGCGAUCUAUGAAGAGUUGUUUCUACAUUAAAUCACGGCGAUCGCUGGACUUUUAUUUUAACCAUCCUAGCAACCAUUUGCAAAUCAGGCUAAAUCUAUGCCUAAACUCGCCUUAACCCUUUUUGGCUGUUUUUGUCCAGUGUAAUAGAAACCUUUUUAACAAUUGCUUUUAAAAUCUUCAUUGCGAAACAAUGCGUGUUCGUGUGGCAUUGACCUUAACAAAACGGGGGCGUUGUGCUUGUUGCGAAGGUUUAUCCAACCUCUCCAACCUGCUUUUUAACGCGAAGGCGUUCAAAAUUUUGCCAAGUCGUGCCACCUUGUGGUAAAUUCGAGUCGUCACUGUUAAAUUUGCGUAACAUCGUCGAAUAAACGACAUUUUUAACGGCAAAAUGUACAUGUGUUGUAUUGUUAAGCUGUUAGCCUGUUUGACACUGUUGACAGGGACUGGAAAGGCAGAAAGGGAGGAAUUUAGGAAUUUCUCACGAGCAGUAAUCUCGAGGCCUCCCUUACAGCUCCCCCACACACCCCGCCCGGCGCAUGCGUUUCACACAGUUUGCAGUUGUCUUUGUGUUGUGUGAAACGUGUUAAAAUCGUCAAGCAAUGUUUAUUUUUUGUUUCCUAGCCGCUUUCUUUUCUGGGGCUCAUCGUACAGUCAACCUGUUCAGUCUUACCCCUCCCUCACUCAAAUCCUCAGAACGUAGUCCCCCCCCUUCCGCCGUCAGCGAAUUCACUGUUUACAGAAACAGUUCUAAUUGAAUCACUGCAGGCAUUAUUAUCAGCACUUUUAGAGGCCACCUGACGAAUUUCGCAGUGUAGCACAGCGCGAAUUAAAUGAUAACGAAAAAGGGAAAAAUUAUUGUGCAUGAUUAUGAUUCAUAAUUUCCCCAUUUUUGUUCGUGCUGUCCAUAACAGGGAUGACGCUAUUUCCGAAUCACUUUCUUUUUCUUUUCUUUUCUUCCCCUUUGUAAUAAUAAUCAUGCGCAAUAAUUUUUCCCUAUGAAAGUGGUUCGGAAAUAGCGUCAUCGCUCUUAUGGACAGCAGGAACAAAAAUGGGGAAAUUAUGAAUCAUAACAAAAAUAUUUGCCGUUUUCACGUUAAUAUGCAAAUUUUUGGAAAUUAUUUUUACCUGGUUUAAAUUUACAAUUGGCUGGAGAAAAAGAGGCGAAAUGCUGUUAACACAAUCAUUUAAAUGAUUUCGUGGAGGAAGUUUUGUUAUUCUAAGUAAUAAAAGUCAUCUAUGGGAUAAAAACUAAGUAACUAAUCUUGUUAACCCCUUUCGCCCGCCAGCCAGCCGUGUUAAACCGGAAAUGUUUCAUUCCCGAUCAAGCAUGACAUGAAAUAAAGGUUUGACACGAAACAGAAGUGGCAGAAAUGGCAACUUACUUUAGGUUAGAUAUUUUACAUAUAAUUUGUAAAAUUUUUUGACGUUUAUUGUGUGGCUUAAAGUGCAUAAAAUUUUCUUAUUCUGUUAAGUGAAAUAUGGCACUUAUUUUCCGGAAGAGAGACGAUCUUCGGUUUAAAAGUAUUUGUGAAAUUUGAAACGUGCAAAACAGUGUUGUUAAUGAACGGUUAGCCGCUGACCAACAUUUUCCUGAGGACUGAGCAACAAUUGACUGAUAAGAGAAACUGUUUGUACUCCUAGCUGGCUUGAUACCGAGAUUUUUGAUCAUCUUUGAGAAAGAGCAGGUUUAGAAAAGAUUUUUUCUAGAAUUGAAAGGGAGGGAAGAACUGUUCAUCGACAAAGUUGUUCCGCACCUUUUCUUUGAAAGGCGGGCUGUGGCGAUUGGAGGCCGAGCAUAAGCUAAAAGACAAAAACACAAAGGUGGUAUUCUUUCACCAUGGAGUAGCUUGCAUCGAGGAAACGAAAGUUCUGGAAACAUUUACUUAGUUCAGACAUCUUCUACGAAGGUAAUAAUUUCAUCGAAUGGUCUUUUCGUCGAUGGUUUUUGCUUGGGAGAGAUUUGGUCGUCGCGAAUCUGGCAUCCGUAGUGACAAUUAUAAUCAGUUUGUGUUGGAGAAGAUUUGAUUACAUUUGAGCCUUCUUUAAAUAGCAUAAAAAUAUGAUGCGAAGAAGCUUUCAGCUCUCUGGAUCUUACGAUAUCAUCAAGGAUGCAACAGAUCUGGCAAGUAAGUCUCUAGGUUUUCAGUUUCUUCGAUUCUUUUAGCUUUUCAAGCUAAAAGUAAGUGCAUUACAAGUGUUUAUUGAUCUUCUUUUUUUGAAGCCCAGCGUUAUUGCUGUAGUACUUCACUUUUGCUUUUAUCUGUUGUCUGAUGCGUGUCGCAUACGAGAGUCUUUGAUAAUGAUCGUCUUUCCGUGAAAUUAAUUUUCAAGAUAAUAUUUAUAACGAUAGUCGUCUCUUUUUAAUAUAGUUUGUUGUUUACUUCGAUCUGCAAAUGAAAGCACAGCGAGCUGUUAAAGUUAGAAUACUGUAGUCAUAGUUUUUCACUAGAAAUUUACACAAUCGAGUCCUUGGUUCGAUAUUUUCGCAGUUGUUUUAGUUAAACAGAAAUAUUGCCUUCGAUGUAAAUUUGCUUGACACACAUUUGGCAGAUGUAAAGAUUUAAUAUUGCCCGUUGCACGAGUCUUGAUAUUGAUAUCUAUUGCUGUCACAUAUUAGAUUCGACGUCCAAUUCUAAUUACUACCUUGAAUUAGAAAAUUACACUACAUAAAAUUAGUUAUUGUCUCUUUGCUCAUUCUAAGUAUCGAUUUUGGGUGUUUCUCGAUUUCUUCUCUCCAAAGUUCUUUGUAGACCCAGGUUUCUUUCGAACAUAGUAUAAAAGUUUAUAGUGCGCGGUUCGAGAACUCAGAAACAUCAAAACAAACACUCACUAAAUUAUGUUUGUUGAAAUGAUAUUUAAGUUCUCGAAUCCUUGCUCGCAUGAAGAAAAGACCCGUGAUGAAGUUUGCAUAGCUACAAAUGUACAACGUAAAUUUCCGGCGGGUUGUUCGGUAAAAAAUAUUUUUUGGCGUCGAAUUCCACCACAUUAUAAUACAAUUCAAGUCGCUUAUGCAGUUUCUCAUUCUCGCUUACGCUUGCUUGCACAUGUUCAUCGCCGGAAGUUUUUCCUACACCUAUGCCCUGUCAAAAAUCAUGUUACUUAAUUCUCUUGAUUUUAUCGAGCAGUGUUUUGCAAUUUGUCAUCGCGAUCUUUGUAAUUUUCCGUUCCUCUUUAGCGGUAACAAGUCUUUCUGUUUUCGUAGCAAUCAGCCACUUAGCAUAAUUUUCGAAUUUCCCCAAUGUUAUGUUUACAUCGUCUCCCGCUGUGUUGGCGGGUUUGUACUUUGUAACUUGUUCGUCUGUAUAAUAAUAAGUACUCGCAUGUGUUUAGAACUCUUAUUACUUGAUUUGCCAGCAAAACUUGCUUUGAUUUAAUUCCGCCUGUGAAAAGAUAAUUUUUAUUGGCUUUGCUCACGGUACUAAAUAUAAUUAGUCAGUUUGUGAAAAUGAAAUUUUUUGAAAAUGUAAUUCUUAUGCUAGUCGAUGUUAUGAAUACAAAAGAAUACAAUUAAUUGGAAAAUUAUGGCCAAAACACAAUUUAAAUCCGUUACAUUAAAGGCAGUGUUUUGUUUGUGAAGAGUAUUUCCUUAAAAUGUGAAAGUAGGAUACUCUUGCAGAUCUGUGCUUUGGCAUACAGUCAUCUUUACAUUGAGAUAAAAAUUAUUUAGUGCUGAGCAACUUAUAGUGUUAACUGAUUUUUGAUAAUUAAUGAUCAAUACUUUAUGACUUUUUGAUUGCUGGGGUUCUGAUAGGAAAAUUAUCGCGAUAUACCAUUUAAGCUAUGUCUUAGAUAAUUAUCUGCGAUGGAUUGAAUUAAUUAUUAUUGACGAGUUAGAAUCUUGGUUGGAGUGUGGAAAUUUUCCCGAGCUUUCCGUUGUUAGUUUUGUCUUCUUUCUGAAUUAUACAGUUUUAAGCUUGUAUGCUGGUGGAUGGCAAGUCCCAAUGCAGUCCUCAAUAACUGGCGUAGUUGUAACUGAAUUUUGUCCCUGCUUGCCAUAUAGCCUCCUCACUAGUUAGGUCCAAUCUACGUUUUGUCAAGGGCCAUUAAAAAAUGUACUCAUGUAAAAUAGAAAUGACAUGUUUGUGUAUUUUCUGACACAAUUUUUCUAUCAAUUUAAUCAAAUAUUUGACGUCAAGUACGUUUUGAAUUUGUCAUUAUAUUAAUCUUAUAGGAGCCAAAUUUUGCCAUAUUGAACUAUCAUUGGAUACGGUAUUAUUUUCCCUCUUGCAACUUCAUCCCUAGCUCAGGCACUUUAUGCCCUAAAAGAGUGGAACUUGUGGAAACUAACUGCUUAAUAAUACCGGUACACUUGUACUAUUAUUAAAGAAAAAUGUACAUAAAUUCAAGUUUAUUUAAUGCCCAUAUAUUACUAAUUAAUUUUUGACAGUCUUUUAUCCACCCCACAAUCUCUUGGUUAGAUCUCAAGAUUAUCAGAUUUUAAAUCACUGUUUUUAAGUUAAUUUAAAGUUACAAACCCAGCUGAGAUGUGACACCUGUUGCACUAGUCAUAUCUCUAUGGGUCAAUAUUUUUUUAUAUUCAGGUCAACUUUUUUCACCUAGGAUGAAUCUCAAUUUCUCUUUGUCUCCUAGCCCUAAUUCCUGAAUAAUUAGUCCUGGGAUUUUGACUUGUAUCAUAAACAUGAGAAAAUACUGUUUUAAAAUAAAUUAUUGAUCUUUAUCAACACUUUUGGUUAUUUAAAGUCACACACCCUGCUGAGGUCUCACACUUGUUGCCUCAGUUACCUUAUACUCAUUGUAAUUCACCAAUCUUUGUUUUAGAUUAUGAGAUCUUUAUCAAUUCUCUUGGUUAAUUUCUAUAAACCCCUGCUGAGAUGUCACAGAUUAGUACGCAUGAAAUAGAAAAGUAACUUUGUAAGCUUUCUCUUCUUAAUUGUACACCUUGCCCUACACCAUCUCAAAAUGUUGGCCAUAAAGAGACCAAGUAUAUUUGGGACUCUAAUGCAGGAAAUAAGGACUGGUAAGAACAUAAAAGAAGAGGCAACCAGCAACCUAAAUAUUUUAUGGGUUCCUAAAAGAAAAAAGGGAACAAACAAACAAAAACAACAGAAAGUAAUCGUUAAAGUGGUGCUCUGAUGCGAAAGCCGGAUUUAGUUGUCACACUGAAUGUAGACUGUGGGAAUGUAGACACAAAGUUAAGAAUUGAAAAUGUCUUUGGUAUUGGUAGGCUAGAUAUGGACCAGAAAUGAUGCAAUUCUGGUGUAUGUAGCCUUGUUUGCUGUCACCAGAGAGGGUGUUGAGCAUGGUCAGUUAUUAAGACUGCUCUAAAAUCUUCAGUCUUAUCCUAAGCUGUAAUCUGAGGGCCAUGAUGAGUGUUUGCUUCUGUGGCUUUCAUUUAAGUUCACAGAAACUGAAAGUGUGUUCAUUGUACUUAUUUGUCACUGAAAAUUUUUGGUUGACAGCCAUUGAAAAGCUGAUACAAGCAAAAACUGAAACAAGUCCUGUUCUGACAUCAUUUGAUCCAAUCCACUCGCCAACAGCAAAGGACCCUCCUGAUCAAGGACAAACAAAUUUCCCUUCACAGAGCCCUGUUAGCAGUGCGGCAUCAACACCAUCAUCUUCAACCAAACGAUCGUCAAGAAGAAGAACAAUGCUGUUCAGUUCAUCGGUAUGUACAUUGUAAUCAGAGUUAAUGAGUAACACUGUAUUGUUUUCCUUCUAAGUCACUAUGUAUUGUUAGUGAGGUUGCCAUGUCAUAAUCAAAACAGUUUGAACCCAUUUUGCUUCCUUUCCUCUUGAUGUAUGCUACCUUAUACAUUACUGCUAGAAUAGAAAACACCAACCGUAACAAGCCUCUCAGUCUGAAAACAACUGAAUGGAGCAGGGCUCAAGACUUACUCUUCUAUCUGCUAGCGAUUAUGAGUUAGUGACAGGCUUAAUUUUGUUUUAAAAUGUGUAGAAAAUCCUCUAGAGGCCAUGUAAUGAUGAAAUUAAUGUUUUGUUAAUGAUGGAAGUACACACAGCAAGUUCACAGGGGAUCCCACACAAAUAAUUUGAAAUUUAGCAUAACAGGAUUAGAAAAAAAGCAGUUGGCAUAAGGCAAUCAGUUGGCUAUUUACAAAGGUGGUCAAGAGUUUGAACUUGGGACGACUGCUUAACAAAUCCAGCUAGAGGUCAGAGGAGGCCUCAGACAUGGACUGCUGGAUUUUAAGUCUAACACACUGACCACUCGGCCACAGUUCUUCCUUAAAAGAUGACCUGCUGAUAAGCCCGGUGGCUUCUCUUGGGCUUCCUUGCCAUGAGAGUUUAAGUAAUUAGAUUUUAUUUGAUUUGUACAAUUUUUGGCAAACAAAACAAAACAAAACAAGAAUGACGGGAAAUUAUUUCCCUUGUCAGGAAGUUAAAUUUCACUGGAUAGAACUGCUGAAUUGAGGCUAUGGAUAGUUUAAUUUUUUACGCAGUUGGUAUGAAAAAUCCUAGAAUCAAGAUGGUAUCACAAUGGGCUCUUGGAGUGAAUUGUUUGGAAGGAGAAAGAAUUAUCAACUGAUCUACACACAAUAUUUUGAAAUUCAAUGCAAAACUGAAACAUUUUCCCCAUCCAUGUUGAAUGUUUCAGUGGCUUUCAGUUUCCCAAGAAUUUCAGUUUCUUUUUAGAUCUUCAUAUGUAGGUACAGAUACUCAAUUUACUGUUUCUCAUGAAGACUUGUUCUUACUUUUUGGUUAGUAGGAAAUAACAUAAUAAGGGUUUAGUUGGUAUUAAUAACCUGUUAUUGGUGAUUUGGACUUCUAGUGCAUUAGCAACAAUAUUUUGAUGUACAAUAAUUAUGUAAGCAACAAUACUUUGCACUCAUGACAGGUGAUUCCUGUAAUUUCCUUAUGAAAGUGGCUAGUUUGUGCAAAUGGUUGACUAAAGCUUUUGGUCAUGGAUUAAUGAUUAUAUUAUUAUUACAAGUUUGUGUCCUAAGUUAGAAAUACUUUAGGAGUGUGUGCAAGUUGAGUGAUUCUGGCACUGUUUUUUUCUGGCAGUUGAGCUAAUAAUUUCAGGGAAUUAGGUAUACACAUAAUUUUUCAAAUAAUUAUGGAUUCAUUAUAAUUAUUGUUUAAUUAAUAGGCACAGCAUUCUCAAGCCAGUGUAAGUUACGUCCUUCCACUGACUGUAUACAAAUUGAACAAACCUUAGUAGUUCACUUCUAUUUCUCAUGAUUUGCUAAUUUACGUGCAUCACUGCUUUAAUCUGAUCCUUGAGGACAAUUGCUUUGUUCCGAGCAGCAAUUCCUUGCUGGGUUGAGAGGCUUCAAGUUAAAACUAUGACUGUUCAUACUGUCACAUCCCUUGUAUAAAAAACGUUGUGGUUAUGUUAUUACUAUUAACAUAAAGUUUCAAUAUUUUUUAUAGAAAGAAAAGAAGGAGAAGGAAUUAGUGACAGACACAGAUGUUGGAAGUGGGCGAUCAAUUCCCUUAAAACAGGUGAAUUUUAUUAUUACUGGAUCAGUUGUAGUCCUUUUAAUAAAGUGCAGUUGAGUCGACAAUUUUUGGGCAAUAUUCUAAGGUUUUGAACAGCAGCAAAAAGGAUGUGAGAUAUCUUAUGGAUUUUUAGUCAGUGGAGAACAUGUGUUUCCUGUUAUCAAAUGGUUUUAAUAUGAAAAUGAGACAAGUUCCUGGAGGCAGGAGAGGUUUAUUUUACAGGUCACAUUUCACAGGUUAUGAUUAAAGGUCUCUGUUUUAUUAGUAGGUAACUAAAUCAAGCAGUUUUUCUUCAAUCUAAAACAACAUGUUGGAUAGAGUUUAGGGCUAGGAUACACUUCUGGUCCUUUUUAUUUAUCUGUGUCACGGUAACCUGCAUUCUGACCUGUGGAAUGUGACCUGCAUAAUUUUGUAAAAAAAAUAACAGCUGCAAGUUGCUUGCUUGAAAAUGAGAUAAAUUUGCAUGACAGCGAAAUGGUCUCUACCAAAAUAAUGAUUAAGCGACUACAAUGCUGACUCUAAUGUUUAAUUACUUAAACGGGCUAUAAAAGUAAGAGAAGUUAAGACAAUCCAUGUUGAUCAUCCUCUUUGUACAUGCAGAAGAGUUUAAAUUUGUACAACUUCUUUUGUACUUUGCUGUUUAGCACUGGUGUUGGAAACCAUAACAUCUCCAUAAUUUAAUUUUCUUUUUCUUCCAGGGUUAUUUGCUCAAGAGAAGCACCAGCUCAAUCAACAAGGAAUGGAAGAAAAAAUAUGUUACCCUCCUAGAAGAUGGAGUUCUGGCGUACUAUCCUAAUUUGCAUGUAAGCACCCUAUUAAUCACCAUGAUAUCAAAAGCAUAAUACUGUAAAUACUUAAAUUGGUGCCCUCUUUCAAAUAAGUGACUCCUUUGAAUUAGCUCCCCCUCCCGUUAUUCCAAGAAACCCAAUCUUUUAUAAAGUAAGAAAAAUCACUGAAUAUACAGUGUAGAAGGAGAAUGGAAGAACUUUGAGGACCUGAGAGGAAACAGGACUUUGACAGCAACCACUCAGUGAUUAGUGUGUUUCUUCUUACAGACGCAUGUACGAACCAGUUUACUGUCACAGUAAAUGUAUUAACUGGCUGGAAAUUAAGAAAAUGUAAUUUUGAAGCUAGAAUUAGAGAAGCAAAAUAAGUGCACUCUUUAAAUAAGAACCCUCUUUAAAUUAGCCUUUCCCCCACCCCCCACCCCAGACUCAGAAAAUUAAGUUACUUCCCUGCAUCCCAAUUUAAGCAUUAACUUGAGCCUGUCCUAUCAUAAUAAUAUUGUGAAAGUUGCAGUUUUAAUGCCUCACAAGAAUACAACUAACAAAGGCAGAGUUUACGCCAUGCCAGCCAAUUUGAAAAUGCAAAUUUUUGUUCCAUAAUCAGCUUCUCUGUAUACAUCCCUUAAAAAAGAGCUUUUGAAAAAAUAUGAUUCUCAGCACUCAGACUUACCAUUAUUACAGUGAUGCAUACACUACAGUCAAUCUAACAAAGUGAAAUUUUUGUGUUAAUUGUUGACAGGACUAUAUGGAUGAUGUUCAUAAGAAAACCAUAACAUUGAAACACACUACUGUCAAAGUGCCUGGAAAAAGACCACCUAAAGCUACCACACCAGCUCAAGGUACCACAAUUUAAACUUGUACUGUAUAAACUUUCCAUGCCUAGAAAUGAUUUGUUUUUAAGGUAUACUCGAUUCUCAAGCGAACAAUACUCUGAAACUUAAGGGUAGUUUUUAUCUUAAAUCUGGACUUCCACAGAAUGAUAGCCACCUGACUUACAGUCAAGCUGAGUCAAACAUGCCCCUAGAGAAUCUUUUAAUGCACUGUUAUUUGAAAAUUGAAUUGGUUUGUCCUUGCCAAUACUGGUAUCAAAUUCAAAUGGGUAUUCCUAUGUACAUAAGGAGUCUAUGAAUUUUAUGUAGACCACAACUUCCCUGCAUUUGGUCAGAUUAAAAACAUUUCUCACUUUGAAUGGUUAAAAUUCCUAUGAAGAUCUCAUUUCAGUUCAAUGUUUACAUCACUGGGCGGUGAUGUGAAGCUGUUAGCUUUCUCUCCUUUUCCCUUCCUUAUCAAUUGUCAGGGGUUGUAAAAGGAUCCUCACUACUGUUUGAAAAGAGUUGAGGGCGUAGUCCCUGGAAAUGUGUUUGAUCUUUUCAAGGAAGUGGAAGGGGCUGUCAUAAACCUGUAUAUCUGACCUCAUGCUGUUACGGUUAUCAAGCCGUGCAUCAAGAAGUACUGAAUCUAGUAAAUGUAAAAUCUAUAUUUUUAGCAAUUAAUGAAUAAGGCUGAGUAGGAUAUGAAGAAUUAAGCAGAUCAAGGAGGGUGUUAUCCACAGAGGCCGAAUUAUCGUACGAAAGCUGAAUUCAUUAAUUGCUCUAGAUCUAUUAUUCAUUCAAAAUAAUUCCUAGUUAAAAAACAUAGCUAAAACAUGCUUACCUGUAUCGAUGUUAAGUUUAUCUUCGAAAGUGUACGUUUAGGUUUGUCCAGCUCUGCAAAUAUUCUCUAAAUACCAGAUGUCAUCCUCCGAGUUGUCUUCUUGCUGUUUUUGCUAUGUUUUUAGCUAUUAUUUCGCCUAGUUCCAGCUGUAGUUCUUACUCUUGAAACAAGUGAAGUGUCUGCCAUUUUAGUUUUCACCACAAAAUCACAAACUCGUCCCCAGGUCGUCUCGGUUAACGGUGCAGUAACCUGUAGAAGGCUGCAUUUUUGACGUCAUUUCCUCGUUAAACACAAAAUUCUUCCAAAUUUGGUCAUCGUUAACUAGUUAUGGUGAAUCAUGCAUGUGCUUUUAACCAAUCAGAAUUGGGGAAAUAUUUUGAAUGAAUAAUAAAUAUUAUAUAUUUUUUUACCAGGAAAUUCAAGGCCAACAACACCUCCUAUGGAAACUGAUAACAACAACAGUGGCAGUGAAAUAGGAAUUAACAUUACUGAUGGUGUACAAAAUGGAACAGAUUCUUAUACGAGCUACAACUCUCUUUCAUCUCAACAUGAUAUCGAUGGUGCAUUAGCCAGUAUCGGAAAUCAGUUAGUUACUCCUGCGUCAACAAAUAUCAGUGCUAACUCAACAAAGACUGAUUCUUCAAGUGUAAUUAAGAAAAAGAACAAAAGAAGCAAGCAUACAAAAUCUUGUGAAAUAGACUAUGAGGAGCUUGAAAAGGCUUUAGCGAUUGCUGCAGCCAAUGCCGUGGUACCAUCGGGGUCUAAAGUGGAGUCGAUAAAUGUGAUAUCAGGUAGCGCAAAAAAGAAGGGGCAUAGAAGAGUCAAAAGUGGCAGUGGACCCAAAGUUGAUUUAGAUCCAGGUAAUAGAUGCAUCUAGAAAUUUAUGCUAUAUUAAAGGCAUUUAUGGCUUCUCAAGUCAUCAUCAUCAUCAUCGUCACUGGUCGGCCAAGGAGCGGUCGACUGUAGGUCAUCUCCAGCUGGCUCGGUUUUGGGUAGUGCACACGUUGUCAUCCUCUGAGACAUGCUUAUUUGGGCCGAUCCAUUCCUGGACUUGGCUGGAAAAGGACUUAUGCGGUCUCCCUGGGGUUCCAAGAGGGGGUUGGGGGUGGGGGGUUCAUACAAAGCUUAGAUGUUAGUGAGCUCACUAACACUUAAUGGACCUUUCCAUGGUUUUUUCAAUUUUUUUCUUUAUGGACAAGUUUGGAAAAAUCCAUCAACUCCUCUGGAAAUAAGAGUGCCUUUAAAUUAAGAAAAUUGCCAAGUUUGAAAGUGAUUUGUUUUCAAGUUUUUCAGGCGAGCAGAAAGCUGAGGUGGAGUGCAAGACAUGCACAAUGGGGGAAGACACAGAAAAAAUAUUUUAAAAAUUAUUUUAAAUUAUUAUUAUUAUUAUUAUAGAUUAUUUUUUCUGCACCUUCCUUCAUCGUGUGUGUCAUGCAUUCCAUGUCCGCUUUUUGCUCACCUGAAAAACAUAAAAAAAUAGCACCAGCAGGUUAUAUCCAAAUUAGAGGAGUGUCCACUUGAUUGAGAUUCACAUAAAGGACUGAAGAAUGGUAGGGACCAACUUUACGUGUUCAUGUUAGGGAGUUGAUUUUAAGAGAGCGUUGACUUUGUUGCAGAAAUGACUGACUGGGAAUUCACUAUAGUAUCGUUAGAAGCAAAAAGCUGGCAGUUUGCUGCAGUUACUCAAGAGGUAUGGAAUAGUCUGUAAUAGAUAAGCUGUCAAAUAUGUAUGGCUUACAAGAAGGAGUGUUUGUCUGUGAUAUAACAAUUUAAGUAGACAAGGCUCAACAACAAAUUCAGACUUGCUGGCAUGAAGUUUGUUUAUGUCGAAGGUGUCAUCAUCAUCUUUUUUUCUGUCUGACUGAAAAGUGAAGCCAAUAGUCACUUUACUGGUACUUUUUUUGGCUAAAAAGUUUUCAUUCCUGUUGAAUUUUUACCUUUCCUUUUAUCUCAGACUGUCUUUGUCUCUCUCAAACUGUCUUUGAAUUUUGACCAUUAUACAAUUCAACUACAUCAGCACACAUUGCAGAAAGGACUACUACUCCCACAUUGGACUGUGCAGCCAUAGAAAAUGCUGUCAAGUCCAGCUUGGCCAGAACCCAAAUCCAUAGUCUCCUGAGACUGACAGAUGCAUACUAUUUCUAACACAACAACAAAAAGUAGAAUCAAUAUGUACAAUAUUGAAGCUGUUUUAUUUUUCACUAACUUUGCUCUUUGUAUUUUCUUUUUCAGGAACGUGAUGACUGGGUACAAGCAAUAGAACAGCAGAUUCUUUCAUGUUUACAGUCGAAUGAGAGUGGCAGGGAAAAGGUAAUGCAUGUACCGGUAAUGGUGGGUUAUGGUCAAGUCGCCCGAAAGUCAUCUCGGCCGAAGCUCUGUCACCCGAAAUUUUUAGUUAAGUCACCCGAAAUGCUGAGUUAUGUUGACCAAAUUUUUAUCAUGCUCAACAACAUCCUAACAUUUUUAUUGUGCUUGUUUUGUCUCAGCAAAUCUUAAGAACGAUAUAAAGGGCACACACUCUUUAUUAACUCUCUAUGACUUUUGGGUGACUUGACUGGUUACCCAGGGGAUGGUGAUAAUGAAAAUCAUGCAACACAGUCUGUUAAACAGCCCCCUGCAAACUAAGGCUCCUUUUGUCUCAUUGUAAUGGAGAAGAAAAGGAGGUUCAAGUGGCUCUGCCUGAAUUGUGUCAAGUCUUUGAAGUUACCGCAGCCCCAUCUUCUAGGCUAGUCAAUCGUAUUUUAUCUUGUCAUACUGGUUUUUUCAACUGCGAGCAUCUGUUUAUCGAUAAACCGAUGGUCAUAACGGAGUCCUCUGUACCAAGUGCACAGCUACUAGGCCUGGGUUCAAAACUGCAUUCUAGCAACAUUCAGCAGAUGAUCAACAAAGGCCUUACCCUCUCCCAGUUUUUGUUUUUGGGUAUGAUAAUGUAUGCUAAUGAAGUUGAAACAAAAGAGCAAAUAAAAAUGACCUGAGAUGAAAUUAACUACAUGCAACAUACUGAUACAUAUAUAUAUUUUUCAUUUUAGACACGGGGUAGUAGCAGUUCAUCAGCGAAUGGUUUUGAUAUGCUGUCAAUUAGAAACACAGAUGGGAAUGAUGUUUGUGUAGACUGUGGUGCACCAAGUGAGUUGGUUGUCCUGUGACACUUUUGCUAUGUAUUUUACAAUUGUCGGUAACGUUGUUUUGCCUCUAUAGCAAAAAUAGUUUGACUGCAUUUAAUAAAUGCUAUAAAUUGUGAAAGCUUGGUUCAUCAGGUCCUCUCUGACUGUGUCUUCCUUAUUUAGCAUACACUAGCGUAAAUACAAUUUUAAUUGGAAACAGUGAAAUAUUUUCCAAAAAAUAAACUUAAAAGCAACUCUAACUAAAAUACAGAGCGCAACGCGGAAAGCACAGCUUAUGAAGUCUGAUCUAUCUUAUAAAAUUCUAUAGCAAACCCAUGCUUACACUCAUCACAGAGCAAGCAUAAUUUACGAGUUCAGCUGAAUUUUUGUUGUUAGCAAAUGAUGCACAAUGCAAGAUUUUCCUCCGUCUGUUUAAUAGCCUCCAACGCAGAUGAUCUUCGAGCUUGCUUCGUCACGCCGUCCUGCCCGACCAACGUCUGCUAAAACAAGCGUUUAAAUUCCUUUUCCAUUUUUUUGCAAAUAUCAGCUGGAGAUCGGCUGCAAAUUACCCGAGAAUCAACCAAUUCGUAGGGAAGGAAUGCGUGAAGAAUCCCUAGGAACGACUGCGUGGGAGGAUAUCAGCUAAAUUGCUAUUAAAUGGGUCUGCUCUACAGCCGUUUUUAGUAUCGUCACGCAACUUUCCUUGGGCAGGAGCGUUGAGGGAUGACACUAAAAGCGGCUGUGUAGCAGACCAUUAAAUGGCUGCAUCUUAACCCUUUAGUCCCAAGAGUGACCAAAAUCACAUUUCUCCUAAUGAUAUCCACACAUAAUCCAGAGAAAAUGUUGUGAGAAUUAAUAAAGUGAUCAGCCUUCGGAAAAUGCUCUGAUCUUCAAACAAGUUCUCUCAACUUAUUCUGUAAGGGAAUGUAUGGAGAUCAGUUUGGAGAAUUUGUAUGUGGAUAUUGGGCUUGAAGGGUUAAUAACUAGUGUUCAUGUGUGUGUUCAUUCCCAGAUCCCGAUUGGGUAUCACUAAAUCUCGGAGCACUGAUGUGCAUAGAAUGUAGUGGAAUGCAUCGAAACCUUGGUACACAUUUGUCCAGAGUUCGAUCACUUGAUCUGGACGACUGGCCGUAAGUAACUUCUCAAUUUAUGAUUUAAGUAACAACAUACCAAGAAGUAUAUAAGGCUGAGGGUUUUCCUUAGUAGGGUACAGUUUUCUCGAUGUUAUUGUCAUUGUCAGAGAUGCUGUUAACAGCCGGUCAAAUACACCCCAUUUUUCGUUUGAUAUGCGCUCUUAUUCUGUAAGGGAAUGAUAGGCCGGCUCAUUUUAAAGGUAUCAUCCUUCUUAGAUUUGUUGAAUGGCCUGUAAAACAGUAUUUAGUCAAUAACAGACCAGGCGGGCAAUAUAAUAUGUUGUUUUUAUUAUUCAGGUUUGAAUUAACUGCUGUAAUCAGCUCCAUUGGUAACACUCUUGCUAACAGUGUAUGGGAAGGAAGGAUACAGAACAAAACGAAGCCAACACCGUCGUCUCCAAGGUAAAUUAAAAAUUACAGCAGUUAAAGGGCAAGCUAAUGAUGAAAUGGCUCUCGCCCUGAGGCCUAAGGUCCGUGUGAUCGCAACCAAGAAGAAAAAGAAAGCACAAACGUUUCGGUAGAAUAGUUGAAAUGUGAACUUAUGACUUUAUUACUGUUAGUGACAUACUGCAAAGUAGGAAGGGGUCAGUUAAUUGGUAUGAUUAGGGUUAGGAUUGAUAAUGAUGAUGAUGAUGAUAGGGCUUUCAAGUUGCCCAGUAAAUACAAGGAGUCGGCGGGAAAUCAAGCAACGAGAAAUCUUUUGUCCCUAUUUUUCGUCUUUAUUGCUAUGAAAGUAGCCGGGGCCUCGUUAAUAGUAGCCGUGAGAAUUCCCGGCCCGUAGCCCUUAAUGAUGUCAGUUUUCAAGCUUGUUACUUUUUUGUUUGUUUGUUUCAAGUGAAUUCUUUGUGUUUCAGAGAAGAGAAAGAAAAGUGGAUCAGAGCGAAAUACGAGGGGAAAGAAUUUCUUCAAGAACUUCCACCGAGCGAUUUUUCUUUAGGCGAAGUGAGUAUGCAAUGUGAUGUGAGCUCUUUUAAAGAUAGCCUUCAUUUGGUUUGUGGUUAGAACUAAGAGAGGUGUAGGCAUUUUUGAAAGCCAGAGAAAAUGGCUGAAGAAUAGUGGGGACAAACUCGCGAGUCCUUGUUAGGGACUGAGGUGGCCAUGAAGAGGAUGUAUAUGUUACAGGUCAAAUUUGAUUUCAGGUUAAUUUUUUUUUAAGGGCUAACAGGGUUUUUUUUAGGUUGAUUCUCAAUUUCCUUUUUCUCCUAGCCCUAAUCAGGGUGCAAAGAAAGUCAUUUUUACAGCUUGCCAUUCAGGCAAGCUGAAGCUAGCAUUUACUAGCCCAAAUGUCAUUUCAACAAACUCCCAAAACUUUUUGACGAGCAGAAUUGAUUUCACCGUUCUACUAUAAUUUAAAAUCCAUCACUUGCCUGUCUGCUGACUACUUCAAUUUUUAUUGAAACCCCUGAGUUCGUUGUUUGAGGUAAAUUAAAUUUAUGAACGGGAGCGUUGCUUUUUGCCUUGGCUAAAUCUCUAUAUUAUCUGAACAAAACUAAACAACGAUUUUAUUUAUUUUCAACAGCAACUCCUAGAAGCUGUAAUUAGAGAAGAUUUACCGCAGUGUAUACUACUCUUGGCUCAUUGCACACCUGAAGAUCUUAACACCAUCUACGAAGACCGCGAAAGUUGCACACCACUUCAUUUAAGCUGUUCACUAGGAAAUAUUGUCAUUACGCAACUCCUUAUUUGGGUAGGUAGCAAGCACUAGAUGUCAAAGCUUCGGUUGAUCUACAUGAUGUAGAAAUUAAGCUAUGGGACAUGAGGGUCCGAUCGAAAAGGUAACCUUUUUAAGGCUUCAGGUAUAUGAAAGGGUAGGGAUUGCUUAAGUUGAACUAUAUGAAAGGGUAGGAAAAUCUGUAAUUUGGGUUGUUAACAAGUCUCAAAAGGGCUAACAGGUGUAUUUUACAGCUGUAAAAAAGUCGACAAAGCGUUCUGGUUUUGUGAUUUAUUCCGAUUCAUGUCUAUUUAAAGAUAGUGUAUUUGCAGCGGUUAAAACAGAUGCAUAGUUCUAAACUAGGUAUGUGAAAUGGGUACCAUUAAUUUUGUCAAUAGAAGCAAUACGUAAGGGGUACCUUUUUUGUCCAAAAUGGAAUAUAAAAGGGUUAAGGAUCAGACCUCGGAGCGGAGCCUCCCCGUUUAAAAUUUUGUUGAGUACCUUCGGAGGUCUUUCCUGCAUUUUACCUUUUAUUUUGGAUUACGGGAUGUGGCUUAAACGCACUUUUUUGCAAUGCUCAGACAUAACAACGUAAAGCAUAUAGUGUACUUUUACCAUCUUGGUGGCGGGAAAGUUUCCUUGAUUUUAAAAGGCAAUUCAAACCAUGCAGUUGUGAAAACCUUUUUUGAUGUUAACAGAGUUUCAUCUCUUUUCCAGUAUUUUGCAGAUGUACGGAUUCUUGACGGGAGAGGUCGCUCAGCUCUGUGGCACGCAAAGAAUGCUGGGAGUAAAGAAUGCGCUGAUAUUUUGCGUCAUAACGGCUGCCAUGACCUGGGUACAAUGAUUCCUCAGGUGAGCCGGAAUGACGUGUUCCUUUGACACCGGAAGUCAACUGUCGAAGUCAUAACUCAUCAAACAAAUCAAAAAGGCAUUUUUGCGUUAAUCAAAGUGACAAAGCUACAGAGAUGAUGAUUAAUUCUGUCCAGAAGGUUAAAACGUUGCGUUGAUGACAUUUAGCGCAAUUUCUGUGCCUUCAGCAUGCUGGCUUCAUUUAAGCAAAGAUUCUUCGUUCAAUUUACGUGACACCCUUGCUUCUUUGGCAGUAUAUAUGAAAAGCGUGAUACAUAUUCCUGUCACCGAGUAAUGAUGUCACGCAAUUUGAGUAGCAAGAUGUUUUAUCAAAUAUUAGAAAUUAAUGUAUGAAGUUUUGAAGUUAUCAUUACGAAAAUUUACUGUUGGUUUACUUCAGUUGUGCAACACCAUUAGGCUGAAAAAAGAAUUGAAGGCUGCCAAAAUACUGAAAGGAUAUCAGUGAGAGAAAAUUUUACAUUAUGAAGAAAGCACUAUAAGAGUUGUAUUUAUUGUUCUUAGAAAAAGUGUAUAUAUGUUAUUAACAUGAACGUGUAUAUAAAUAUAUUGUUAUUUCCUUGAUAUUAUGAGGCUUAUCACAGAGGCCAUCGUACAAAGUGUACACGAAAGGUAUAAUGCGGGAGUAGAAGCACAAAAGGGGUAUGUCGCAUACUAAGAUGUAUUGCUAAAUAAAUUCAUGAUAGCCUGUUCACGGACCCUCAAUUUUCUCUUUAGAGAUCGUAGAGCGUACGUAUGAAAAUAGAAACGGUGGGGAAUUUAUUGAAUUCAUCGCUUUCAAGCGCUCGCCUCGCUCGCGUGCUCGUCGAUUUUAGAAAAGAAAAAAGAAACCAAAAUCCGUGUACAGGCUACAUUCAAGAAGCAAUUAGAUGUUUUCGUAAUCGGAAAAUCGCUUACAGUCGAAUCCCCCUUAAUACAGACACUGAGGGGCCAUAUACAGUCACUGAUUGAGUCAAAAAUGUGUCCCUUGUUAAGUGUCCGUAUUAAUUACAAAAAAAAGGGUUCAUAGAAGCAAAAUAUCAAAAACAGAACAUUAACCUCAACAAACUAAACAUCACUAACGUACAAAUAACAAUUAUUCCGUGGACUAAGUGUAUCAGAAUAGGCAAAAGUGUUCAAAAGGCUCUUAUUUAUUCUUUACUUAAUUUAUUUUAUACUCGCUAGAACUAAGUCUAAUUUGUAACUAAAAUACAGUUAGUAAUGAAUGGAAAAGUUGUGAUUUUCUCAAUUAACUUCUCUUAACGAGAAGCUCACUGCAGGACACAGUUGAUAAAGCAAUGUCCGUAUUUCUAUAUAAAUCCAUGUCGAUCGGGCAAGAAAUAUUGUCCGUGUCCGUAAAGUGGGGUUCGACUGUACGGCCCCACUCAACCAUGAGAUCACAACAACAGAAAAAU